AUGGGACGAACAAGAGCUUCUUCCUCGAGAUUUCACAGCUGGGAUCUUAUCCCUGACAAAGUCUGGAAUCGUAUCUGGGCGAUUCAGACUCUUCCAAAAAUCAAGAGUUUGUUUUGGCAACUGUGUAAUGAAGUUGUGGCUACAGGAGCAAGCUUAGUAUCCAGGAGUGUAUGGUUUGGAUGCCAAUUGCAAUAUUCUCCUCCGUCUAACCCAAAUCUGACCAAGUGGAUUGGAAGCUGGGACGUUUUGGUUAGAGCUGAUAAGAUCAAGGCUGGAGAGUCCCUGGCGAGGGCUUCGUUUGUCUACUGGUACCUGUGGAGAGCUAGGAACGAGCUUGCUUUUAAUGGAAAGAGUUGGACUCCAGUUGAAGUUAUUGCAAUAGCAGAGAAAGCCUUCCUCGAAUUCUCGGAGGCCACUGGAUCCUCGGCUGCUAACAGAAUCAAAGCAAAUUGCAAUGCAGCUUUGGGAAAGGAAAAUUCUAGAGGUGGAUUGGGUAUAGUGUUUAGAGAUCACACUGGUUCACUUAAGAAGGCUAUUUUAGUUCCUCUCCGGUUAAGCUCAGUCCUCCAAGGAGAAUUGAUGGCAAUCCGAACUGCUGUCUUUGUGGCGUUGGAAGAGGGUUUUACCCAUCUCCAGGUAGAAACCGACAGCAUGGUGGCAGUGGAACUCAUUCACCAAUCCAAUAGUGUACCCCCAACUGAUGUGGUGAAUAUCCUUUCUGAUAUUCAUAGGCUCUCGGCAUCGUUCUCUUCUAUCGUUUUCUCGUGUAUUCCAAGGGAUCUAAACAGUGUAGCAGAUACCUUGGCUAGGAAGGCCCUGCCUCUUGUGUGUGAGACAGAUUGGCCAAUCUCCAUUCUUUGGCUUCAUGAUCUAUGUGUAAAUGAGGCCACUGGUUGUACACACCCUAGAAAUCAAUAA